GCUCUUGGGUGACAAAAGUCAGAGGCCACCCCAGCAAAACCUCCAACUCCGAAUGCUGUCUGAGGCUUUUUUCACUCCUCAUUGGCCAAGAAGAGAAAACAACAAAAAAAUAAAUGUGCUUCUAAAGUUUACAGUAAACUCUCCCCAGCCUCUCCCUCCCCUCUUUCAUUCUUUCAACAGAGAAGAAGCCAAAGGAAGCCUAAUGCUAAGACGCCUGCAGGUUGUUGGAGCAACUUUGUUAUCUGUUACCUUUAUAAGAACCAGGAAAUAUUCCAAGUGGGAGGAAGUCUGUGCCAUACAAUAGUGAUAUACAUUUCUUUGUCACUGAGAAAAGACGAGGUCUGAAAACGCUCCCAAAGCAAAGCAGGCUGAGGGGAUCCCUUUUGAAGUUUACCUUUUUGGAUUAAGCUGAAUGCUCGCCCUUCUCUUCGCCAUGAUCCAGUGCUACGGGACGCGUCUCGGAUCAUUCCUUGCAAUCACAAUAUUGUUUCUGUUCAGAGAGGUCAAAGGAAAUUUUGAGCUGACCAAAGCUAAAUGGCUUGAGUAUAAAGAUGAAUGUUUGAAGAGACUACAAGAAUCUAGAAUUAGCACGGGAAUAUAUUGCAAUGGAAGUUUUGAUCAGUUUGCUUGCUGGCCUCAUUCGCCACCAGGAAAUGUCUCCGUUGCUUGUCCAUCUUAUUUACCGUGGCUUAAAAAUGGAAGUGCAAGGAAGGUAUACAGAGUCUGCUUGGACCAAGGGAUUUGGCAAAAUAUCGAAAAUACAACAGAGGUUUGGAAUAACCGCUCAGAAUGCCUUGAGGAGAAUCAUUUCAAAAUAAAACCAGAAGACCUUACAUUGUUUAUGGUGCUUGAAAAACUUUCUACUGUGGGAUAUUCUAUUUCUCUUGUUUCCCUUGUCUUAGCACUCUUCAUUCUGCUGUUAUUUAGGAAACUGCAUUGCACGAGAAACUACAUCCAUAUGAAUCUCUUUGCUUCAUUUAUCCUCCGAGCUGCAGGAGUUCUAAUAACACGCAGCAUAACACGCAGUACUUACAAGUUUCUUUCUUCAGAGUCAGAAAGGCCAGCUGAUGAAAGUGGAUGGAUUUCUUCCUUGAGUCCAGAGAAACUAGCCUUAUGCAAGAUGGGUCCUCUUUUCAUGCAAUAUGUUGUUGGCGCAAAUUCUUACUGGCUUUUAGUAGAAGGAAUUUACCUCUACAGGUUAUUAGUAGCUGCUGUGCUGUUUGAGAAACAUCAGCUGCUGAGAUACAUCUUUGUUGGAUGGGGUUUUCCAGUUUUGUUUGUAGCUCCUUGGGGAAUACUAAAAUACCAACUGGAGCAUAAUGUAUGCUGGUCAACAAACGAGAACAUGAUAGUCUGGUGGAUCAUUCGAGGACCCAUAUUAUUUUCCAUUGUUGUUAAUUUCUGCAUCUUCCUGAACAUUCUGAAACUGUUACUUUCCAAACUUAAAGCUCAGCAGAUGACCUUUCGUGACUAUAAGUUCAGGUUGGCAAGGUCAACUCUUGUGUUAAUACCUUUACUUGGAAUUCAUGAGAUUAUUUUUAGUUUCAUCAUGGAUGAUCAUGUUGAAGGAUUCUCCAGGAAUGUCAAAACCUUCAUCCAGCUAACCAUUGGCUCUUUCCAUGGUUUUCUCGUAGCACUUUUAUAUUGCUUUUAUAAUGGCGAGGUAAAGGCUGAAUUACGCAAGCAGUGGUCUCGUUUCUUGCUAGCAUACCCCUUUGUUUAUAUGCCCUGUUUUCUUGGAAAGAACAUCAAGCACCUAAGGAAAUGUCCAAACAAGCAGCAUUUGAGCACUAAUGAUCCCUCCCUGGAGGUGACGCAGCCUCCCAAGAAGCAAGCGGCCAAGGUGAGAACAUGCUGCAAUGUGGAACGAGGCCCCACAGCAAGACACAACCUCAGAGCAAGCGUUUCUGACAGUAGCGAAGAAGAAAUUGCCAACGGGGAGACCAUUGAAGAGGCUCUGGAGGAAAAUGAGGGUUAGAACUUUAAGAGAAAAAUGAAUUUGUUGGGAUCUGUCUUUUGCAAGGAAGCAACUGGAAUUAAAGAUCCUAUGGAAAGGGCAAAAUGCAGCUUUGGUACAUUCCCACCCCACCCCACCCCAAUCCAUUCUUCAUUUUGUCAAUAAAACAAAUAUUGGCAUAUGCUAGGAGCCGCAACAGGUCAUUUUUCUUAGUUCUCAGGAACUGGAUCUGCUAUCAACAUUACAUGGGAUAAAGUGAUCACACACACAGAGUGAGAGAGCCUGCUGCUCCUUCUGAAACUUCCAGUAUUAGGUCCACCAGAGUCUGACUGCUACUCUGACUGAACCAGGGAUCUGAUCCCAGGAGGCUGCCCUUCAGGACUGCAAAGGCCUUUUAUGAUACCGCUGAAACAAUUAGCUAAAUGCUCCAAGUGAAUAAAGGAACUGGUCUGAGAGUCAGUUUGCUCACCAUACAUUUAGA